AUGGCCUUAACAAAAGGUAUCAGAAAUCAAAUAGUAUCUUCUUUAAUCGCUACUCUUGGAGCAAUGGUUAUGGGUACGAUCCUGGGUUGGACGUCACCAGCUAAUGCAUUAUUGCCAAGUGGAGUUAAGUUUUCGAUUUCCGUUGAUGAUUUAAAGAGUUUUAGUUCCAUUUUCGGUAUUGGCGCGGUCAUUGGCGCAUUACCUGCCGGUAAGAUAUCUGCAAUAAUCGGCCGCCGUUAUAGCAUGGUAUUAUUUGAGAUUUACAUAAUUAUUGGAUGGAUUUUUCUCACGAUGGCCAAUGCUUCAUGGAUGUUAUUGGUUGGUAGAGUACUACAGGGAAUCGGCGUCGGUGCAUUGUGCACCGUUAUACCUACUUACGUUGCUGAGAUUUCUCAGCCACAUAUUAGAGGGACUUUGGGAACGAUAUUUCAAGUCUAUGUCGUCAUUGGAAUUCUUUAUUCCUACGUAGUUGGUUCGAUAGUCGAAUACGUUACAUUAAACCUGUUAUGUGGGAUUUGGACCGUAAUACACGUAGUACUAACAUUUUUCAUACCCGAAUCUCCAUAUUUAUUUUUGUGUAAGAACAAAGACGAAAAAGCUAAUGUAUCAAUGACAAAAUUGAGGGAUGGAAAUGCUACAGACGUCGAAAACGAGUUGUCCAUGAUAAAGAGGGAAAUAGAACUUCAGAAAGCAAAUCAGGACACAUUCAUGAAAGUGAUGGCCAACAAGGCUAAUCGCAAAUCCCUUUUGAUCGGUAUCGGUUGUAUGUUUUUCCAGCAGACCAGUGGAAUAAACGCGAUUAUAUUUUAUAUGGCUUACAUUUUCGACGAAAUUGGAAGCUCAAUAACCACAAAUACUUCAGUAAUAUCUGUUGGAAUCGUUCAGCUGGUAAUGACAUUCGUAGCAAUGAUGGUUGUAGAUAAAGCAGGCCGUCGAGUUUUAUUGAUAAUUUCAGCAGUUGUGAUGAGCCUAAGUUUCUUUGGUUUAGGUUUAUACCUUGACCAGAGCCAUAAAUUAGUCUGUAAAGACUCGAUUUUAUCAUGGUUACCAUUGAUUCUCAUCGCAUUAUAUAUUUCGGCUUUCUCUUUGGGCUUUGGUCCAAUUCCAUGGGUAGUUAUGGGAGAGAUAUUUUCUAAUGAAGUCAAACCAUAUGGCACAAGCUUAGCAACUGCCACCAACUGGAUUUUGGUGUUUGCGGUAACAUUCUUAACGUUUAUAACUACGGAGUCGAUUGGUUUCCUUGGUCUUUUCUGGAUAUAUAGUUUAUUUUGUAUGUUGGGUGCUAUAUUUAUUUGGUAUAUAGUCCCAGAGACAAAGAAUAAAAGUUUGACUGAAAUACAGUUGAAGUUAUCAGGUAACAAUAACUUGCAACCAUAA